AUGACCAGUGACAGGGACCAGGACUGGAACUGGGCGGAUGACAUGGGUGGUAUUGGACGGGUCGAGCGUGAGGUGCACGGCGUGGACGAUGACAUAAGCAAGUUGUGCACGAGCAGGGGUAAGGAGGUCGGCCAUGAAGUAGCGGCCUGGUGGCAGCUGCACAUGUCUCCCAUCCCAUCCCAUUCCAUCCCAUCGCGUGUUCGACACCGGGGCCGUCGGUCGGUCGGUCGGUCUUUCGGUACAGAAGACGCUAAGGCAAGACAGAAAGCUGCAAAUGAUCUCGCGGUGGGGAACUGGGGCCAUCGGUUUGGUCGGGAGCACCUGGUCACAAUGUUCAAGACAGGUUCACCUUUCAACUGUCAAUCAUUGUGGACCUUGCUUUUUUGGCCGUUACUUGGCCUUGGACUGGACAUCACACUCACGAUUCUCGCAUCUUUUUUGCACGUCUUGGACCGGGGGCUAGUCAGUUGCUAA